UUCGGGAAUGGGGCGGUCGCCGUGCUGCGACAAGGCGACGGUGAAGCGCGGGCCGUGGUCGGCGGAUGAGGACGCGCGGUUCCGGUCCCACAUGGAGCAGCACGGCACCGGCGGCGGCUGGAUCGAGCUGCCGGGGAAGGCCGGCCUGCUGCGGUGCGGCAAGAGCUGCCGCCUGCGGUGGCUCAACUACCUCCGCCCGGACAUCCGGCACGGCGGCUUCUCCCCGGAGGAGGACCGCGUCAUCUGCGCGCUCUACGCCGCCGUCGGCAGCAGGUGGUCCCUCAUCGCCGCGCACCUGCCCGGGAGGACCGACAACGGCGUCAAGAACUACUGGAACACGCGCCUCAAGAAGAUGCUCCUCGGCGGCAAGAAGCCGCCGCAACCGCACGACCGCCGUCAAUACCGUCAGGCUGCAAAUGUCCACCUCUGCCGCCUUGGAGCUGCCAACCUUACGAAUUACCGGCUGUAACGGUGGCGUUGAUCAGAUGCACGUUGGCGUCGUUGGAGGCGGCACAGACAUGAUCGCCAGCACGAAACCCGCCGCCGCCUCAGCAUGCAGAUACCUGCUACACGAUCGACGAACCCGCGGCUACGUCAGAGCUCGACGAGAUCUUCCGGUCCAUCGGCACGAGCGGCGGCGAGCACUCUGAUCUGUCGCAGAGCAGCACGGACAUGGAGGCCCUCAAUUUGUAUCAUCAUCUAGGCAUGUCAUACCCAUACUGGUGAUGUAAACGAAUAAUACAUGCACGCGUGCAUCCUA